CACCCCUCCUCUCUGAUCCACCCUGCCAUCCAGGAGACUCCCCAUCCAUCCAUCCCAGCACACUGCGCUGGAACAAGGCGCUACAACAUCGUCUCAGCAGCUCUUCAUGUAGGAUAUUCUCGGAUAUUCUCGGAUUUUCUCUCUUAGAUGAAAACAGCGCACGUCUGCAGACGCACUGUGGGGCUGUAGAGAUGUUUGCUCGCGUCUGAAGCUCAUAUAUUUUGCACCUGAGAACAACGUUACCACGAUGCCAGAGCCAGGGACGCCCCGGCUGUGUUGAGACGGGAUUAAAAACAGGACCAGACCACAAACAGAGGCUUCAUUCUGCUGUCAGCAUGGCUGUGAACAUGAUGCCAUGUCCCGCCAUUUGGCCAGGGGAGGAACAACCAUCAUUGCUGGACCAGGAGGGCUCUCUGUCGGACCAAGCCCCCGUCUCUGAGCCAUGCCUACCCGUCAGAGGUGAACAACUCAUCCACAGCAGCAGCAGCAGCCCGGCCAGCACAAGGCCCCCCCGCAGCAAAUCUAAAGGAGAGCUAGUCAUAGUCAUCAACGAGAAGCUGAAGAACAGUAACGGGAUCCACUCCACAGUCUCCGAGAGCACCUCCCCGGUCAUCUCCUCUCCUCCCAGAAGGCAGCACUCCAUCUCUUACCCCCAUCAUGGCAAGACCAGGAAAGGGAGCCGGGCGAGCUCCAUCGGCUACACCGCCUUCUCGCCCAGGCCGUCACUUUCUCGCCACUCCAGCAUCGCCACCAAUCCGCCCCUGGACCGGACCAAAGUUAAAGACUACCUCCUCCUGUCCGUGCUGGCCUGCUUCUGCCCCGUCUGGCCAAUCAACAUCGUGGGAUUUGUCUACUCCAUCAUGUCUAAGAACAGUCUCGAGCAGGGAAACCUGGAUGGUGCUGUGCGUCUGGGACGCGUGGCCAAGAUGCUCUCCGUGGUGUCACUAGUAGGAGGGACGAUCAUUAUCAUCGCCUGCAUUGUCAACCUGGCCAUAAAUGUGAAAACCUGAGUUUCAUCCAAGGAUGAAACUGGAUAAGGCAACUGACCGUCUGGCCCUCACCUGCACCACCAUCUUUACCGCCUAGUCAUUACCUGGAUGUGUGACAAAUAUGCACCCGAUAUACAGUGCUUACUUAUAUUUCUGUAAUCUAUAUAAAUCCCUUUUGCUAAUGGAAGAAAAUAAAAUAUGCAAAUUAUGCUGCUCUUGAGUCUGGGGGACGGGGGGGGUGGAGAAGGGAGUAGACAGUCUAAUCAGUCCUUUCGUAUUCUGGUCAACACAUUCAGAACGAUUCUUGAGACAAGACACAAACUCUUUGAGAAUCCCAUCAUCGCUCCGGCAGAACUGACUCACACAAGGUGGACUAGAAAAUGAGAGGCCAGUGGAGGUGGUAACAGAACGUGAAACGGGCAGGAUUGCCUCCCAACUUCAGCGCCACACUGCAAGUCCCAACAAAAUGUCCGCCAAGUCCAUCCUUCUCUGCACAGACGACAGGACAGCAUCAGAGUUUCAGCUUGCCGUUAAAUCCCCCUCGGAUACGUGGAGAGGCUCUGGGAUUUGUGUUGCUCUUGAAUCACAGAGCCGAAAAUUCACCCAAUUCCCUCACGGACAAGAAACACUUUCAAUCACUGUAUGUCCUCUUCGUGUCAGACUCUCCUCUGUGUGUUUCUCGUGACUUCCUUCCAUACAUCUUGUGUUUGAGAGUGAGUGUACGGGUGAAAAGAGGAUGAAAAAGAGGCUUACCAAGGACUAGCUAUGGGUGCUAAAAUGGAAGGGAUUAUGGAAAGUCUCACACAGAUGGUACAGUCAUCACUGCAAGGAAAAAUAUGUGCCAAAAAAAGAAUUUAGAGGGAAAGUUUCUUGCUUUGUAAAGACCCAACUCUGAUCACAGAAUUGCUGUUGUAGAGAGGAACAUCAAAAGUGUUAAUACUCUGCUGCACCUUUACUGUAUAUCUGCUCGACACCACUGACCACUGUGAGCGGGGAAAAAGGGUACAUGUUCACAAAAACCCCCACUGUAGCAAGGUAGUCAAAACAUUCAUUGUACAAUGAAGCUCAUAAUGCUACGUCACCUAUAACCUAUCUUUUGAUAAUAUUUGUAAAACAUCCUUUUGAAACAGAAAAAAAAGAUUUCGUAAUGUGAUUCUCUUGAAGUGCUGGGCCGCAGUUGACAGAUGGUGGUAGUAUUGUAUGCAUAUGGGCGUCACUAUUUGGUUAACAAAUUAAAUAGCUUGUGAUUGCAGUCAAAGUUGUGGCUGCAGCCUCAGUCUGCAUCCACUUGGAGCGUGUGCUUUCAAACCAGACAGAUUGUGGCCUUUCUGUCCCAUAAAACAGCAAAGAACACCUUAAUAUAUGCCCCAUUUGUUGUCAUACACAGACGGAUGCUGUCUUUUGAUGGCUAAUUUGUAAAACUGAUAAUGCAUCAUAAAAGAUAUGAUUUUUUAAAUUUAUUAUUAUUAUUAUAUCUCCUGCGUAUCCUUAACUAACCUCUAAUCUUUAUCUACCUGUAAUUUCUCACUGUGAUCUGAAACGAUUGGGUUUCAUCAAGAAUGGACGGAUCGAACUCUCCUUAUUUACUAUAGCCUGGAUUUUGAAUCAUGUACAGAAACACCACAAUUUCUCAUCAUUCACUCCUGCCGGCAAUUUUCUGUAACGAUUAAUAUGGCAUUUUUUGUUAGUACUUGAUCUGUAAAUUUAAUUGUAAUCAACAGUCGAUGUAUUCUGCAGAUAUAAAUCUCAAUAUUGUGAUAAUUCUCUAGUUGAUAUGAGUUAGCAUUAAGUAGUUACGAUCUAACGUAGGCACAGAAACUGUCGACUAGCCUCCUGACAGUCAUUGUAUUACCACCAGGCUUCUAUAAUCUUUGUGGUUAUUGGCAUGUUGUGGAUUUUUAUUAAUGUAUGAUGAUAGAAGUUGAAAAUUACAACGAUAAGCUGGCACUUGGAAUAUUAUACUUCUGCAGCACAUUCAUAAUAAAGACA